AACAAUUAAAAAUGGCUCGUGGUAAGGCUGUCUCUAACGAAAUAAGAAAUGUGAUCAUUCACUUGCAUUUAAAAGGUCAAAAUGCUUCCCAAAUCGCUGACAGUAUUAACAAAUCGAGGUAUACAGUUCGAAAUAUUAUUAAAUUGUACAAAAUUUGUACAUAAUUGUACAAGUCGACCGCGUUAUUCCAACACCAACUUAAGAGCCUUAAAACGUAUUAUCAAGGGUGCAAAUCGGCGUGCUAAUUACAACGAAUUAAAAUUAUUGUGGAAUCAGGCAACAACAAAAAAGUUUUCAAGAGCAACCUGUCACAGAGCCGCCCAAAAACUGGGAUUUAAAACUCACAAGGCAAAAGAGAAACCCCUACUGACAAAAAUUCAGAAGAAAAACAGGCUAGCGUGGGCUAAAGAACACAAAUUAUACUCUUCAAACCAAUGGAACUCGAUUAUUUGGAGUGAUGAAGCCAGAUUUGAAGUAUCCGUUGGUGAUAGUAGAAGUUUAGAAGAAAGCUUACUACUGCUGACUGAUAUCGGAAAAAUUUUUAAAGAACUUUCGGCUAUUUAAAUUUAAAUUUUUUCCUAACAUUUAAUUAGUUAUUACCUGAAAAAUCUGUGCUGUAAAGUUGCAGGGGGCCCCCAAAUACUUUAUAAUUUUAAUGUUUGCAAGAUUAUCAAAAUUUUUUUCGCAAAAUUUUCGUUUCGACCGUAAACUAUAAAAAUAUUUUCUAAUGUUUUUGAAUAUAGAGUAUAGAAUAGAAUAUAUGGUAUAGAAUAUAUGGGGCCCCUACCAAAUUUAUGGUUACUGAAAAUCAUAUUCACAUUUUUGCGAAUAUGAAUGAAUAUAAAAAAUUUCUACCUAUUAUGCGUACCUACUGUAAAAUUUAAUUGGUUAAGACAAUCAUCUUCGGCAUUUUUGAUUAAUACAACAAAACCUAUGUAAUUUUCAUUAUAAAAAUAUUUUUAUUCAAUAAAUCAUUUUGAGAUUGAAAAAUGAUUGUAUUUUCACUUAUGAUAUGCAAGGACCGAAAAAACAGGGGGCGGAGGGGGCCCCCGUUAGUGUAGGGGGCCCCGUACGAUUUUUCGAACACAGCAAAUUUCACCGUAUUUUUUCUCAAGUUCAGCCUCAACUUUUGAGGGAGGAGGAUAAAAAAGGGGACAAGCGGUCGGAGCGUCAGAUAUUUCUUGCGGAGGCGGCCAAAUUAUGUUUGUAUGGCCCUCUAUUAUUGCAACA